AUGUUCAAACUCUUCCUAUUCGUCGCCUUCUUGAUCUUUGUUGUUCAAUCAGAAGAUUGCCCGGAGAACGAAGUUUUCGAGGAAAACAUGGGAUGUGACAGUUGUGUGGCUCGAAUGCCUCAUACUGAUCUGUUUGCUUGUGCAGCUCCUCCACAAAAGAGUUGUUACUGUCCAGAGGGAUUCGGUCGAUUGUCCGAGGAUCAUGGAGGGAAAUUCUUCGCCGCUUUCUUGAUCUGUCUUAUUCAGGCUGAUUCUGGUGAAUCUGGAUCAAAAGGAUCUUCGGAAGAAUCCGGUGAAUGCCCAGAGAACGAGCUCUUCAAGGAGAACAACGGAUGUGACAGUUGUGUCGCUCGAAUGCCCCACAAUUCACCGUUUGCUUGUGGCGCUCCAAAACGCAAGGGUUGCUAUUGUCCACCCGGAUUUGGUCGAUUGCCUGCUGAAAAAGGAAAAAAGUGUGUUCCCCUUGCCGACUGUCCCCCGAAUUUU